AUGGACGACGACAAGAGAACGGACCCCAACAUCAAUUCAGUUGAGAAUGGAACAAACGAAUCUGCCAACGUCUAUCACAUCGAUCCAGCUGAGGAGGCCAGAGUCCUACGCAGAAUCGAUUGGUGUGUGAUGCCGGCAAUGGUCACCUGCUUCUUCUUUCAAUUCCUGGACAAACAAACCAUCAACUACGCCUCUGUGUUUGGAUUAAGUGAGGAUCUCGACUUGUCCGGCUCCGACUUCAGCUGGGCCGUCUCGCUUUUUUACUUUGGCCAACUCGCGAGUCAGUACCCGACUGCAUAUCUCAUCAGUCGCUUUCCCGUUGUCAAAGUGGUCUCGUUGACUAUUGUGCUCUGGGGCGCCAUGGAAAUGUGCCUAGCAACUCCUCAAAGUGCAGCGGGACUCAACGCCGUGCGAUUCCUCCUUGGGCUCUUCGAAGGUGCUUCGGCACCAGGGUUCGUUGUCAUCACCAGCAACUUUUACAAGCGUAAAGAGCAUCCCGUCCGUGUCGCCUUUUGGCAGAGCUGCAGCGGUCUCUCGCAAAUUAUCGGCGCUCUUGUUAUGUAUGGUAUCGGUGGGGCGAGUGGGCUUGCCUUGGAGAAUUGGAGGGUCAUGUUCCUGAUCUGCGGCGCUGCGACAAUCACUGCUGGCCUGGUGUAUGGCUUGGUGAUGCCUCGUGACACAAGCACCGCUUGGUUCCUCAAACCGGAGGAUCGCCAGCUAGCAACGGAGCGCCUUGCGCUGGAUCGAGCGACAAGAGAUAAGAGCUCGUUUGACGUCCGGCAAGUCAAAGAGGCUUUGCUGGAUGUGCAGACUUGGCUGUUGUUUUGCAUGGGCCUGUUCAUCUGCCUUCCGUCGCCGAUCCUGAAGUUCUCGAGCCUAGUUAUCAAUGGCUUCGGCUUCGGCCAAUUCCAAACGAUGCUUGUCGGCUUGCCCGGCGGCGUCUUCCAAAUCGCAACAAUCUGGGCCGCUGCGUUCGGGUGUCGGUACACGACCAACAAGCGCUGGCUCAUGGGUAUUCUGCUCUCAAGUGUGCCGCUUCUGGGGAGCAUCCUCCUCAUGACACUCCCGGCGUCUGCAGGCUGGGGUAUCGUCGUUAGCACCUGGCUGGCCGCCUGCUCUUCCUCCUUGAUCGUUGUCGCCCUGAGCUUUGCUGCCUCAAACGUCAAGGGCAACACGAAGAAAGCCACCGUCAGUGGCGUGUUUUUCCUGGCGUACUGUACGGGAUGCAUUGUAGGCCCGCAGCUCUGGCAGGCGGAAGACGCCCCACGGUACAUCAAGGGUACCAGCGCGAGUGUAGCCAGCUGGGUCCUCUUCAUGAUCACGCUAGUGGUCUACCGCAUGGUGUUGAGCCGGGAGAAUGCGAAGCGAGACCGUGAUCAGCACGUCGAGGUAGAGGAUGACACGCACGACGAGAAAGCGCAGCACAUGGGCGUCAGUUUGGACUCCGACAUGACUGAUCGUCAAGAUCUGAAGUUCCGUUACACGCUGUGA